UAUUGUUCGGAGUGUUUGUGCUCGUGCUCAGAAUUCACGACAUCUCCACUGGUUUUGGACGCUGCUGGAGUACAUGCCAGUCUCCAGAGACUACUAAACUUUAUAACUAUUCGCAAAAAAAUAUAUAUAAACUAGUAUUUUGUCCUCACUGUUGGCUUUGUACUUGACUGUUUCCGGCGGAUAACCUGCAGAGGUGCGCGCACCUGAUGGACUGAGAGCGCGCCCGGGUUCAGCUGCUUAUACUUCUCCACGCCGCAAUGUUGGACUCCAGCGCCAUGAAUAAGAACGGAAUGGUGACCACGAUCCUCACCCGAAUCCGCACUGAGCCGUUUAAGACUUUUUACGACCUGGUCGGUAAAGAGCUCGGCAGAGGAAAGUUUGCAGUGGUGAAGAAGUGUGUGGAGAAGGCCACGGGGAACGUGUAUGCCGCCAAGUUCCUGCGCAAACGGCGGAAGGGUCAGGACUGCCGCGCCGACAUCCUGAACGAGAUCGCCAUGCUGGAAGCAGCCAAGUCUAACCCGUACGUGGUGGAGCUGCACGAGGUGUACGAGACCAGCUCUGAGAUUAUCCUGGUGCUUGAAUGUGCUGCCGGAGGAGAAAUCUUCAAUCAGUGUGUCGCCGAUAACGACGAGGCCUUCACGGAGGCAGACGUCAUCCGGUUGGCCCGGCAGAUCCUCGAAGGCAUCUCUUUCCUUCACCGCAACAACGUCGUUCAUUUAGACCUGAAGCCUCAGAACAUUCUGCUCACUAGCGCUCAGCCACUCGGGGACAUCAGGAUCGUAGAUUUCGGUCUGUCUCGGCGCAUGGACGAAAAAUCAGAAGUGCGUGAGAUCUUGGGAACUCCAGAGUACGUAGCUCCCGAGGUUCUGAGCUACGAACCAAUCUCCACGGCUACUGACAUGUGGAGCAUCGGUGUGUUAACGUACGUCAUGUUGACGGGCGAGUCUCCUUUCCUGGGCCAGGACAAGCAGGAGACGUACCUGAACAUUUCCCAGGUGAACGUAGACUACUCUGAGGACACUUUUCAAGGGAUCUCAAGUCUCGCCGUAGAGUUCAUCCAGUCGCUGCUUCACGUAGACCCCAGAAACCGAUCCACAGCAGACGACUGCCUGAAUCACCCCUGGCUAAACACAAACCCUCACACACUCAACCCCACCACCCCCACCACGCUGGACGAGCCGGAAACCAGCCAAUCAGAGUCUGAGCCUGAGAGUCCCGAUUCAUCUCCCGAGCUUCUCGACAUCCCGUCGUAUCCCACAUACCCCGGAAAAGGAGACUUGAAAACCGGCCGAGACACUUUUACUUUCACAGAGUCGUUCCCCAGUCGUCCUGAAAUGCAGCAGGAGCUGAUUUGUUAGAGUGACACCCAUGUUGUCCAAUCAGAAGAGAGCUUCGUAGGUCAGCAAUGUUCAGAAAAGACACUGAUAUGUGCUGGACCACAGAGGUCCCCUGGUUGUGUGCCAAAUGUGGUGUGUGUGUGUAAGAGGUGAUUUUUAACAAGCCCUUAAGAAGCCUAUGAAAAUUGCAAAUUGAUGAUUAUUAUUAAUAAUUAAAUAAUAAAUUAAUAUUAUUAUUAUUAUUAAUUAAAUAGAUUUCUAUUUGCACGCACACACACACCCCAUUGGUGUAAAUAGAAGAUUUUGUGAUUACUGAGCAUCUGUUAUCUGCUGGUCGGAAUUGAAUUGUGGGUAAUCCUUCUCCGGAGAGCUGAACUCUCAACACCGAUGAGGACUCAUGGAAUCCAAGACGACAGAUGGACGCUCGUUAAAACGGACAAACGGUCCAUCUGCGUUUAGACUGAUACCGAGGUGUGAGCUCGCCAAUAGAUCGUUGGAUCAGGUCCUUCUCUUUAGGACGCUUCCACCUUGGGAAUUGUAGCUUGUUUAUUUUAUAGCACUUUUGUAAAAAAAUAAAAAUAAAAAACAAACUGAAAUGGUGAUUGUGCCAAAGACUUUGGUUCAGAUAAAGCACAGUUUAAUGUCCACGCAUGUAAGUGUAACGCACUCCAUCACUGUAACCUCUGUGUGCAUCACCGUCUCCACCGCGUGCCACAAACACUGACCUUUUCUGUUCCAUGGAUUUAAAAACGUUUUGCUGCGGUUGCACAAGUUUUAUGUAUAGUACUUAUGAUUUACAGGCCAUUGUUUUGUCCUCUGUUCUUUAUCUUUUUUAUAUAAUUUUUGAUGCUCUUUAGAAAAAGAAAUUGCCAUCCUUACAUAAUCCGGUUACUUCGUACCAAUUUGGUAGUGUCUAUAUGGGUGGGUUCUGUUCGGAUUUUCUGGGGUCAUUGGCUGAUUUGGAAAGCGCCCGGGGUUUGUGGGAGACGAAAGUGUACAUGUUUAAAAAAUAAUAAUAAUAAAAAAGGAAUUGUAUGUUUUAAAAAAAGAGAAAGUAAUGUAUAAAUAUUUUUCUAUUUUCCUGUUUUUGAUAUUUACUAUGUAAGAAGAUAUAAAGAUUGUCUUAAUUUAGGAUUUUAUGUUUCCUAUAUGCUUGUGGCAGUUUUGCACUUGUGUCCACUGGACCUCUUGACUAUUAGAGUGAUAAUAUUGGCAUUGCAGGCAAAGUAUUGAAGAAUAAUAAAUGUGCAUUGUUUGUAUUAAAA